UUUAGAUUUGGGCUUAUGUACUGUAAAGACAUGAAUCAAAGGCUUAUGAGACAGAGCGCGACCAGAGUCCUCCGUGUCCUUAAGGUUGCGGAGCUUCUUGGCUUCGGUUCUUGUGUUCAGUCUUGUUUGGAUUAUUUAGAAGCUGUGCCUUGGGUUGGUGAAGAGGAAGAGGAGAAAGUGAUCUCGUCGAUACUUAGGUUGAAGACAGAAGGUGUUAGUGUUGUGACUACUCCUGUCCUCAAAAGAGUUGCUUCCUCUUCUGUGGAUCCGCCUAAAGAGACGCUCUCACGCAUCAUCGAGCUUGUGUUGAGAAGCAAAGAGGAGAAGAGCCGUCGCGAGAUGAAGUCUAUAGUCCUGAAGCUUCUCAGGGAACAGAACGGGAACAAUGUAGCUGAGAAUUUCAACGAGACGAUCUACUCCUCUUGCCAGAGAUGUUUAGACACGGUCUUGUCUCUGUUCAGACAGGACGAGAGUGAUGCUAAACAGAUAGGUGUGGAAGCUGAUAACCUCACGUGGCUGCUUGAUGUGUUAGCGGAAAGACAAGCUGCAAAGGAGUUUUCAGUCACGUGGGCUAACCAAACGGAGCUAGCUUUGUUACACGAGAAGCUUCCUUUGGUGUCUCGUUACCAUAUAAGCCGUGUGACGUCUCGGCUCUUCGUAGGGAUAGGGAGAGGAGAACUGUUGCCUUCGAAAGACACUAGGCUUUUGCUGUUGACCACGUGGCUGCAGCCUUUGUUCAAGGACUAUAACUGGCUGCAGCACGGUUGCAGAUCGUUCGAUGGGAAGCUUGUGGAGGAAGGGAUAGGGAGGACGAUACUGACGUUGCCGCUGGAAGAUCAGCAGAGGAUUUUGAUGUCUUGGCUUGGGAGUUUCUUGAAUGGUGGAGAUGGUUGUCCGAAUCUGCAGAGAGCUUUUGAGGUUUGGUGGAGGAGAUCGUUUGUUAGACCUUACUCAGAUCGUCAGGGUAGUGGGGUGUCUCAGACGGAUUCUACUUCAAAAGAGUGAUGGUUUUGUGAAGGCUGAGUAAAGCUUUGUUAGAUUUGUACAGUGAAUAACCUUAGCUGUGGAAACUGGAAAGUGUUUGGUUUUGCUGAUCUUUGAUUUCCGGUUUGGUUGGUUUCUGGUUUUGGUUUUGGUUUUAGUGGUUGAGUUUUUUUUGUUUCCUUCAUGUUUUUGUAUUUUUCCAUUUUUCAUGAAAGUAUAAUGUUACUGGAUGUAUAUUUCUGAUUACAAAAAAAAUUAUAUAUUUCUGAUUCCAUUUCUCUACCAA